GCCCAGAAACCCCACUUCAUUAAAUGGAAUCAUUGAGUUAUGUAUUGAAUAGGAGAACGAGUGUGUUUUUGAAUGAAAGCAUAGACAGCUUUCUUUUCGAAAUAAGACAGGUGCAAACGUCGUGAUCAUAAGAGUUCACACGAUGACACCAGCUUUGAGGAAAGCCUGUCUCCUCGACCAGUGUCGAGAUGUUAUUGUUCAGCGAAGGUUUCUGCGCUUCAGAUAAUAUGACGGAACUUGUUGUUUUAUGAAACCUUUUAUUUUGAAAUCAUCAUCAUUGCGUCCUCGCGUCACUUCCGGCUCUUACGCCGCUGUUUCACAUACAGCGAAGGCAGUCGUGCACCUGCAAAUCGUAAACACGUCAAAGUUACAGGCUAUGAAAACCCAGCGUGUGUGUUUUUUGAAAUGUUAUCAUGCUCUCUACAGAAUAUAAAGCCCUAAUCCAGAGGUUUUAUCAUCUUCAGUCUGAACGGGUGGAGACCUAUCGUCUCUUUGAAGAGGGACAUGAGGCGUACUUGAGGACCGGGCCCCAUUAUGACUUCGAUCACUACAGGCAGCUAGUGCAUGAAAUAACGCAGGCCUUUUGCGGCAUCUCCAACGAGGUGCUGGAGAUCAAACGGAGGCUGCACCAUGAGUUUGACAGGCCAGACCUCUCAGAACACAUUGAAAAGCUGCAGAGCAAAGAGAGGGAGAAGCUUGAACUGACAGCCAAGCUGCAGCUGGCCAAGCAGCGGGCCCAGGAUCACCCCGAGGAGGACGACUGUCAACAAAACAUUCAGGAGAUCAAGCAUGAAAUCAUCAAAAACAAGGAGGCUCUGAGUGAGAUCAUGCAGGAUUUUAAGUACGACUCUGAGGACUGUGAUUGACAGGUGAAUCCCUCGGGGCUGCAGCCACCGUCUGGCAUCACAAGACAGUGGGGCUGAUAGAUCAACCUUGCUGCAACUCUCAUCUCGUCGGCUGCACUCAUCGAUCCUCCGCUGGCUCCACCCUGCUCACUGCUGCAGUCUUAUUCCACCCAGGGGACCUCUGUACUCUUCUGUUUGUGUUAAUGCAUGCCUCAGCAAAAAGGCUUGUCAUGUAAUGGAUGAUUAUCUUGUAAAUACUAUACUUCUUACGGUAAGAAGCUAAUGUAACUAUCUUUGCUUACUGAAAACAUUGUAUUUUUUUGAAACUGAAGAGUCCCCUCCAAAGGGAUUUUUGCUUUCGUUUUUUAUAAGUCAUGUACAGACUCAACAACUACAAGAAGUGCAUACAUCAGAAUUCAUAGUCUUAAAUAUGAAGUAUAUUAAGGAUUACAAUGUCUGUUCCUUUAGUUAAAAUAAUUUAGGGAAUGAUCAAACCGACUCUUUACAUUAAACACAAGUUAUUGAUGUUUGCUUUUUGUAUGUGCAUUAUAAAAAUCCAUUGGCUGUUUUUGGAUCUUUAGCUUAUACUGACCAACAAAAUUGUUUUACUAUUCACUGGGCAUCCAAAUGUUUCUUUUUGUAAAAUUUUUAUGUUAAAAAAAUAGGAUUCCUCAGCCAGAGUCUAAGGCCAGUGUUCCUUGAUGCUGUUCAUGAAAUAAACACAAUGGUUGCUCUAUGAA